CUCUGCUGCAAUGUGGGUGCUCAAGAAGGGUCUGAUGAGGUGUGAAUGACUCGGAGUGACUGACUGGCUCUUACUCCCUGCAUUGCAUACUUCACUUGCAGUCACCACAUCUACAGUACAUCUACAUCUACUUUCCACUGACUCUUCUUCUCCCUCCUUCCCUGUCCACCACACUUCUUUUCCUACAACCACCUUCACCACCUUCACCACCAUCAUCACCAUCCUGUCUACGGGACAGGGAGGCAGACUCGCAAGAGAUACAACUCCUUGCGACUUACUCUUGUAUCUCUACAGCUCUACUGGUAGAUGGCUGAUCUGCCUUCGCCUUCCCCGCAGUCUUUCUGUUCCUCAGCAUCACCACCGAUGUUGACCCCCACCGAGCGCUACCAGCAGAUGGACCACCAUCCUUGGGUGAACGAUUUCCACACGGACACCAAGAGUUCCAGCAUUGCAAUCAGCGAGUUCGAUCCCGAGGCCGAUCCUCCGCGAUCCCAGGGAUUUCGUCGCAAAGACCAGCAUCCACCGUCUUUGUGGAUGCGGGGACUGGGUCUUAUCGCCGGCUUGAUUGUUGCACCUCGCGAUAAACGGGCCGAGGCAGCUCGUCCUCUGCUUGGCUCUUCUUCUUUCUCUUCCUCCUCCGCCUCUUCUUCCUCUGUCACUCUUUAUCACAAUUCAUCCGUGCGACAGUUCCCCAAGCCCAGACUGCUGCUUCGCUGUCUGCUCUACCCGAUCGCCGGGUUUUUGAUCAUGCUAGGCAUUGUGCAAUUCAUCUCCAUCGCCUGCGGCAUAAUUAUCGCUUUCUUCCCCAGCGAACUCGACCGUGCAACCGAGCGGUGGCAAUCGCACAGCACAACCCAAGCUAUCGACCUCUCCCACUGGCCCACCGAUGCCUCCCGUGACAUCAUCCCCGUGGCCUGCCACUCGCACAACGACUACUGGCGUCCCGUGCCGUUAUUCUCCGCCGUCCAGGCCGGCUGCAUCGGCGUGGAGGCCGAUGUCUGGCUGUUCGACGAGGAGCUCUACGUGGGCCACACCACCUCCGCGCUGACUCCCAAACGCACCCUGCGCAGUCUGUACAUCGACCCGCUGCUCCGGGUCCUCGAGCAGCAGAACCCGCUCACCGAGUUCCACCCCCAACUCCAACGGCCCCUUCAGGGCGUCUUCGACACCGACCCCGCCCAGACCCUGGUGCUGCUGAUCGACAUCAAGACCGACGGCCAGGACACCUGGGACCAAGUCGCCGCCCAGCUGACUCCGCUGCGGGAGCGCGGCUACCUCACCUACUUCAACGGCACCGCCCUCAUCCCCGGCCCGAUCACCGUCGUCGGCACGGGCAACACCCCCUUCAGCCUCGUCACCGCCAACACCACCUACCGGGACAUCUUCUUCGAUGCGCCGCUCAACCUGCUCCCCGAAGGCGGAGCCGCGGAGGGAGCCCCGGACGCCGCCCAAGUCUCGUCGCCAAGUGAACCAGCGCACGACCAGCGCCCGCAAGCCCUGAACACCGCCCGCGGUGAUGACGCAACCGCCCCUCCUCCGGCGGAAAAUGUCGGUCAGGGCCUCUCGGGCGUCACGCCGCAGUCCGAAUCCUUCGACUGGACCAACAGCUACUACGCCUCGGUCUCCUUCAAGAAAUCCAUCGGCGCCCCGCGCGCCUUCCGGCUCUCGGACCAGCAGGUCGACCGCAUCCGCGCGCAGAUCCGCGCCGCUCACCGCCGCGGCCUCCGGGUCCGGUACUGGGGCCUGCCCAGCUGGCCGCGCAGCCUCCGCAACCACCUCUGGGCCGUCCUGGUGCAGGAGGGCGUCGAUAUCCUGAACGUCGAUGAUCUGCAGAGCGCGACCCGCCAGGAUUGGCGGCCGAAGUUGUCCGAUUUGUGGAGUUAGAUAGUUUUUUGGUCUUUCCGUUCAUUCUUUGAAGAUGCAAGGGAAGGGGAAGGAAGAGUCUGAGCUAUGUGAAGAUGGAAUUCGAGAAAAAGGCGUUUUUGUUGUUUUUUUGUUCGUUUUCUCGCGGCUUGGCGUGGCUUUCCUUAUGAUGAAAUUUCUCUUAUGGUGAUACCCUUUUUUCUUUUUGGCGAUGGGCCCAUGGAUUGUUCGAUUUGGAUUUUGCUUUCGUUGCGCUUGGUUUCAUGAUUACGAGAUGCUACGCUGAUCCUGAUGUGGAUUGCUUCCUUUAAUGAAAGGAAGGGAUCAGUCCGCUAUCGAUUUCCUCGGAUUUCUCUGUGACGCGGUUGUUCGUGGGUGGGAAGAGGAAAAUGUUGGGUGUUCGUUCUAGACUAGGUUGCGUUCGUGCUUCUUCUUUUUUUUUUACCUUCUAGAGACAGAAAGACGGAGACAAGAGAGAACAGAAUCUUAGAUAGAGGUAUCAGUUUUCAGCUCUCGG